GUUGGUUGUAGGAGAAACAACCACUUUUUCUCACUACUGCCACCUACAGGUUAAACAUAUAACAUACACUGUGACAUUGUAUCCCUUUAAAGGGGCUCAAAUAAGAACACACAAUUUUUUUAAUGAAGAAUAAUUUGUGUAAAGAUUAAAUAUUUUUCUUCUCACUAGACCAACGACUUCAAAUCAAACACCCAGUCCGCUGAAGUACAGUGUGUAUGUUCGCCAGAGUGAUAGCUCCGUGCUCCGGUUGGUUCCUGUACACACAACAAACGAACUACGCUCUCCGGCUGGUGACGCAAAUUUCCCGCCCUCACUUCUGCCAUCCUGUGUGUGCCGAAAGUCAACAAAAUACUGUUUUCACAGAGACUUUACUUUGAUAUAUUUUAUAUUCUUCAGUAUCAGUGGCUAACGAUGCCUUCCACACACGACUGGAUAAACAACCCUCUCGGUGUUGUUGAAGGGAUGUUUGCUGCUUCCCAGAACAAUCCUAGCUCUGGAUGGGAAGCCAAGGCGGUUGAAUUCUUUAAAGAUCAUCUGAAAGAGAAGGACGCUCAUACCUGGGUCCCAUCUUUGAACGAUGUCCCUCUGCACUACCUGAAGCCCAACAGCCUGGUGAAGUUUCGUUGCUUAAUCCAAGACAUGUUUGAUCCUGAGUUCUACAUGGGAGUGUAUGAGACUGUUGAUCCAUCUACAAAGGCUAAAGUGUUGCGAUGUGGGAAGUACAAAGAUGUGACAGAAUGUGGGGUGGAUUUUAACUCCAAAAACAUUGUGACUGCAGAGAGACAGACUUUCUACUGUGUGCCAAUCCCUGGAGAAAAUCCCUGGGUGAAAGAGAGUUAUGCUAGCUCCAGCCAAGCAAGAGUGGUUCCUUCCACCUCGUAUGCACCGACUAGACAGAAACGCAGCUAUGAGGAAGACGAUGACAUGGACGACAUGGACACACAGCCGCAGAAGCAGAGGGAGCCGCAUACUGGUCCUCAAAGUCCCACAGAACAGCACGGCAAUGGUGACUGUAAGCGUCAGGAGACAGAAGCUCCCUCUAGCCAGACGGCAUCUGCCUCUCAUCUCGACCUCAACUUCCCCCUACCAGGAGAGAAAGGGCCCUCCUGCCUAGUUAAGGUGUAUGAGGACUGGGACAGCUUUAAACUAAACGACGCACUAGAGGUCUUUGGGAUCCUUUCUGUCAGCCCUGCUCUCAGCGCUCUGGCUGAUGAGAAAGACGCCUCCUCGUCCCUCCUGGACCCCACGGAGUGUAUGGAGACAGCAGAGGAGCAGAGAGUACACUGCCCGCCAGCCUCGCUCGUUCCCCGCCUCCACAUGCUUUACGCCAGGCCACUGCCACACAACAACCCCCUGCUGCCCUCCGCCACCUUGGAGGACAACAGCGCCUUUUUAUCUUCGACCCUGAGUGAGAUGGCUGCUGUCAGGGAAGAGCUGCUCACAUACUUCACUCACAUCCUUCUGGGAGAUGCCCUGGCUGCUGAGUACCUUAUUCUGCAUCUCAUUUCUAACGUGUACAGUAGACGGGAUGUUCUCCCACUGGGCAAGUUCACCUUGAACCUGAGUGGCUGUCCUACUGUUGCCUCGUACACUGAACGCCUCUAUCAGAUCAUCCAGCAGCUCGUGCCUUCUUCGUACUAUCUGGGCAUGAGCCUCCAGAACAUGAACCAGAUGCGGUUUGUGCCAAAGAAGGACUACGUGGCCAACCGGCUAGUGAGUGGAGCCCUGCAGCUAGCCAGAAACACUUCUCUCUUCCUGGAUGAAACCAAGCUGGAGCAGGGACAGCUGGACACAACAGGUGUGCGUAAUGUCACUGCCCUGGGGAACCUGAUCUCGUGGCAGAAGGUUGAUUAUGACUUUAACUACCACCAGAUGGAAUUCCCCUGCAAUAUUAACGUGCUCAUCGUGUCAGAGGGCCGCUCGCUGCUGCCGUCAGACUGCCAGGUCCACCUACAGUCUCAGGUCACCCCACCCCACAUGGAGGAGUAUCUCAGCAGCAUCCACAUGCAUCCGCAGGCCUCGUCACAGCUGAACAAGUUCAGAAUGUACCUGAGCGUGGCUCGGCUGCUAGACUACAGCAUCUCUGAUGAAGUGACAAAGUCAGUUGAGGAUGACUUUGUAGACAUGAGGAAGGACGACCCCCAGAGCAUAACUGCCGAGGACCUCCACAGGAUGCUCGUUGUGGCGAGGUUGCUGUCUCUGAGCCUGGGACAGACCUCUCUGUCCAGAGACAGCUGGCUGAGAGCCAAACACAUCGAGAUGCUGCGGACGAGCCGGAUGGAGCAGCACAAGUGUGUCAACGGCAACGAGCCAUGAUCACAGAGAUAGAAAACAGAUGGCCUUUGUUUUCCUUUUUGAUACGUAAUAAAAGUUUGUAAUAAAGAUGUUUUUCAUAUGUCAUAGUUGA